AUGGGUGGUUCAUUCACAAGGGUAUGGUUGGUUCACAGAGGAUUUAGUUGGUUCGUUCACAACGAUUUGGUUGGUUCAUUCACAAAGUUUGAUUGGUUCGUUCACGAGGGUACAUGGGUUUGUUCAUUCACGAGGAUACAAGAAUUUGUUUACGAGGGUUGGUUGGUUCGUUCACAAGGGUAUGGUUGGUUCAUAGAGGGUUUGGUUGGUUUGUUCAGAGAGGGUUGGUUGGUUGAUUUCGUUUACGAGGGUUGGUUCGUUCACGAGGCACAUGGGUUUGUUCGUUCACGAGGCACAUGGGUUUGUUCGUUCACGAGGGUUUGGUUGGUUCAUUCACGAGGGUUUGGUUGGUUUGUUCAGAGAGGGUUGGUUCGUUCAUUCACAGAGGGUUGGUUCGUUCACGAGGAUGGUUCAUUUGCGAGGGUUGGUUCGUUCAUGAGGCACAUGAGUUUGUUUGUUCGCGAGGGUUUGGUUGGUUCGUUCACGAGGGUUUGGUUGGUUUAUUCAGAGAGGGUUGGUUCGUUCGCUCACGAGAAUGGGUUGGUUCACGAGGUUGGUUGGUUCACGAGGUUGGUUGGUUCACGAGGCUGGGCACAGAAGUCUGUUUGUUCACAGGGCACAGGAGUUUGUUUGUUCAUAGGGCACAUGGGUUUAUUUGUUCACAGGACAGUUCACAGGGCACAGGGGUUUGUUUGUUCACAGGACACAUGGGAUUGGUUUGUUCACGAGGGCACAGGGGUUUGUUUGUUCCCAGGGCACAAGGAUUGUUUGUUCACAGGGCACAAAGGUUUGUUCGUUCACAGGGCACAUGGAUUUGUUCGUUCACAGGGCCACAAAUGUUUGUUUGUUCAUUGGGCACAAGAGUAUAGGGGUUUGUUUGUUCGGGGUACAAUUCGUUCAUGA